AUGAUUCGUGGUGGUGGUGGCGUUCCUAUCAUUGUUGUGAAUCAGAAGAUUCAGCGAGAGCAGGGUCACAAGGUUCAGCUGCAAAACAUCGCAACCGCUAAGGUAUAUUUACUGAUUUCAUUUAUUUUAUUGAUGGAAUUUGUUGGUGAAUCAUGGAUAAUAUAUUUUUUAAUUUUUGUAGACCAUUGCCGAUGUGAUCAGGACAAGCUUGGGCCCACGGGCUAUGUUGAAAAUGUUGAUGGACCCCAUGGGCGGAAUCGUGUUGACCAACGAUGGAAAUGCCAUCCUCCGUGAGAUCACGGUCAAACAUCCAGCGGCCAAAUCGAUUAUCGAAAUUGCGAGAACUCAAGAUGAAGAGACUGGUGAUGGAACUACUUCGGUUAUUGUCCUGACGGGUGAAGUUAUGGCUCAAGCUGAGCAAUUCCUGGAACAGAAUAUGCAUCCAACCUUGAUCAUCAGAGUAAGUUCAUGUUAUUUCAUACAAUUCUUGUUUUAGGCUUAUCGACGAGCUCUGGAAGACAUGAUCGUAUGGGCUGAAGAGAAGUUCAGGUAAGUGGUAAUUGUGGUUGUUCGAAAAUUGCUUUAAGUUUUUGUUUUGACCAUAAGUUCAUAUUGCACUAAAGAUAUGAUGAUUUCAUCAAUUAUCUUCUCUCUUUUCAGCAAACCAGUUGACAUCAAAGAUGACAAGCAACUUGAACUGGUCGUUCGUUCUUGUCUAUCGACCAAAAUGAUGAGUGAAUACAUGGAUCUUGCCGUCAAUAUUGCUCUGAACGCAGUCAAGACCAUCCUUGUCGAAUCGCAUGGUGCUAAAGAAAUUGAUAUCAAGAGAUACUGCCGAGUGGAGAAGAUCCCCGGUGGUUCUAUUGAGGACAGUCAGAUAUUGAAGGGAGUUGUCUUGAACAAAGACAUUGUCCAUCCAAAAAUGAAGAGGAGAAUCGAGAAACCAAGAGUUAUUCUGCUUGAUUGUUCUUUGGAAUACAAGAAAGGAGAAAGUCAAACGGCCAUGGAAUUGUCUAAGGAGGCUGAUUUCAGCAAAGCGUUGGAACAAGUAAGGGAUUAAAUGGCGAUUUGAAAUUUUUGAUGCCUAACGCAAUAUAAUUUUCUUUUUUUAGGAAGAACUCGCCAUCCGCAAGCAAUGCGAUGAGAUCAUUGCUCUCAAACCGGAUCUUGUCUUCACUGAAAAGGGUAUCUCCGAUAUGGCCCAGCACUUCCUGGUCAAGGCCGGAAUCACGGCCCUGAGAAGACUGAAGAAGACAGAUAACAAUCGAUUGGCCAGGUGGGAUUUUGUCAAUUUCUUUUGAAUUUGGUGUUUAGGUAAAAGAAGUCUUACUCAUUCAUUUCAGAGUAACCGGUGCUCGAAUUCUGAAUGACACAUCGGAUCUCCGCGAGGAAGACGUCGGAACCUUGGCUGAUCUCUAUGAGAUCAAGAAGAUUGGCGACGAAUACUUUACUUUCGUAACCUCAGAGAAGACCACUGCUGUUACUAUUCUCCUUCGAGGACCUUCCAAGGAUAUUAUCAAUGAAGUCGACAGAAAUCUGCAAGAUGCUGUCGCUUGUGUCAGAAACAUCUUGUUGAACCCAAGGAUUGUGCCCGGAGCUGGCGCUUUGGAAAUGGCGUUGUCUCACGCCUUGAACGAACAGUCAAAAUCGAUUGAAGGAGUCCAACAAUGGCCUUAUAAGGCGAUUGCUCGCGCUUUGGAGGUUAUCCCAAGGACUUUGGUCCAAAAUUGCGGAGGAUCCACCAUCAGACAGCUGACUGCCCUGAGGGCUAAGCAUGCGCAAAGUCCCGAUAACUGGACCUAUGGAAUCAACGGAGAAACUGGGGAAAUUGUAAGGGUUUCAAGGAGUUUUGAGCAGAUUUUGAUAUUGUAACUAAAAUUACACUUGAUAUUUUCUGUUAAAAAUUAAUUUGUUGCUUUCAGGUUGAUGUUAAUGACCUCAAGAUCUGGGACUCCCUCUCCGUCCGCAUCCAGGUUAUCAAGACGGCCAUCGAGACGUCGAUCAUGCUUCUCCGUAUCGAUGACAUCAUCAGCGGAACCAAGAAACGAGAAGAAGUCCAAAACUAA